AUGUCCAUCCUAAUCACCGGUGCCUCUGGGUACCUGGGAGGUUCACUUCUUGCACAGCUACACGACACUGUAUUUCCAGGCAACAAGACCAUAUAUGCUCUAGUCAGAUCCCAGAAACAGGCGGAAGCGGUGGGAAAAUAUGGAGCAAAACCCCUUAUGCUCGAUUUUCAAGAUGAACAAAGUGUUACGAAGAGCGUGGUGGAUGCGCAGAUCUUUGUCAUCUACUUCCUCAUAGAUGCUGCGAAUUCUGAUAUGCAGAUACCUCUCAUCAAAGCUCUUGCCGAGGUCAAAAAGCAGACUGGACAGGAAGUGCAUUUUCUGCAUACCAGCGGCGCGAAGAUCUUUAGUGAGCAUGCAGGAAUGACUACCGAUCGAAGGCUUCUUGAUACCGACCCAGAGUUGUACAACCUUCAGAAGAGUUCCAAGGCUCCGCAUCAAUUCCUAACGCAAGCAACGAACGCGAACAACACCGUUAUUGAGACGGCAGAGAAAUAUGGUGUCCGCAGCUACAUCUUCAUUCCAUGUAUCGUGUAUGGCGAAGGAAAAGGUUUCGGUAACAAAACCUCGAUUCAAACCGUUGCCGUGGUCAAAGCUGCAAGGGGUACUGGAGCCAUAUAUGAUAUUAACCCCGAAGGCUGGACUUGGCCCGUAUGCCACAUUAACGACAACACGAAGCUCUAUGUGGAACUACUGAAAAGUAUUAUACGCGACGAGAAUCCAGAGUCUGGGCAGAACGGGUACUAUCUUGCUUCUUCUGGUAGUGUGGCUUGGUACGAUAUCUAUGCCGCCAUGGCGAAAGCUCUUGCUAAGCGCGGAGUAAUCGGCAGCGCCGAUGUUAAGAGGGCAGAUGAUACAGCGCUAGACAAGAUGUCGCAGGCCUUGGGUUGUCCUAAAGAAAUGGUGGCAGUGCAGCUGGGUGGAAAAUGCACACUUGAAACAAAGAGGGCCUACAAUGUAGGCUGGAGACCGGACUAUAAGGCGGAGCAUAUCAUCGAAGCGGCAGAUACAGAGGUUGAGCUUAUUUUGAAGCACCUAUGA